AUGCCAUUGCGUGUAAAAGCGGUCUAUCUGCCCAUAUGGAUGAUAGAUAUGACCCUCGAGGCAACUGCAUGGGUGUAUGCAAGUCCGGACGGAGAACUUGGAAAGCACAGUAUUACGGUCACACAGGUCGAUCAACUCUCUUGUAUCCCAGGCUUUGACCACGAUCCUUUAUCAAAACUUUCUUUUGCUUCGCGAGAACUCGGGGGAGCUUGGCAUCUACCGGCGACCGCGACGAACAUCAAGGAGCAAGGUCAGAACAUCUUAUGCCUGCCAUUCACACGUACACCACUACAUUUCAUGGACGCGAUCCGUUCCCUUCAUCCUGACAAGACCACGCUUUAUGAGGAAGUCAGAUUCGAUCCUGCCUCGGUGAAGGAGAAUCUCUUCGCAGUAUUUCCCCUCUUAUUGCCGGUGUAUUUGGCAGAGUACGAAAGCAGGGAAGGGCAGCCUCUCACAGUCGUGCUUGAAGGGUGGCACAAGAAGGCAAGUCUGAUUACAAUCGCUUCUCUCGCGAUCGCUGCUGUACACGCAGGUCGCAUCAUCGUUGAGAACACAGAUAGAUACCUCGUCCCGUCGUGGCUGGGACCCAGGUUUCUCCAAAGGCAAUGGAGACGCCUCCCACAUAACAAGGGAGUCUAUCUCCUCAUGGAGCGGCAGGAUUACAUGUACCCCAUCGCACAUUCAGCAGCUAAGUUGGACUUCCGGAUGCUGGACGCGCUGCCAGAGUGGACGAACCAGCUCAUAUCGCGAUGGCUGAAGAGAAAAGGCAAGUCGGAGGGCGCGGCAAACCUAGAUGCAUCAUCUGCACUAUGGGAUGACCUGCGGAUCCGACCUGCCACACUUGAAGAGAGGCUGCGGAACGAGAUGUUCUUGCUCGUGGAUCUGUACAUGGUAGCUGUCAAGAGGAAGAUAAAUACAAUAAAGGAAAAGAACAUCUCUGCUCCUGACAUAAGAUUUCCGUUCGAGAUCAGCGUUAUCGAUGAGCAUGAUUAUGACGAAGAAGACAUAGACGUGCCAGGAGCGAUGAAGAUGAAGGCUCAGUUGUUCGCGAGGACAAUAGAGCUUAGAUUCAAAUCAUGGACCGUGGAGGAGCUGGAAAAGAGGCUCGAGGAGGCAAACCGAUGGAGAGAACAGUGGAUGCCGAGAUGGUGGAGAGAGUGGAAGGAUGUCCACCAGGAUAGGCCGGCGAAAGAGGGCGAGAAAUCGCCGAGCAAGCGUACUCCAUAA